ACGGGCACGCUCAAUAAAGGGCGCUAGUGUCUGUCAAGUGUCACAGCCGUUCCCUGUCUCCUCAGUAUUGUGACUUAAAUCGGUGAUUUAAUUAGGAAUAACCGUAUUUUUUUCUAGAAUUUGUGCAAACUUUAAGCAAUAAUGACCGACAAGAAAGCGUAUCCCGUGGCACCGCAUCCACCAACAGGUUUUGUUCCGGCCCCAGCUCAACCUGCUACUUAUGGUGGUACGCUUGCAGGCGCAGCACCAUAUGGAGUAUUUCCAAAUCAACCCCAACUAUAUGCAGCGCAAGGACCACCGCCGCCAACAUAUGAUCAGACUCUCACACAUCCCAUGAUGUAUCAACCAAUGUAUGGUCAAGGAUAUCCUGGUGGUUAUCUAGCAGGUUAUCCUACUGCGUAUGGUCCAUUGCAAUAUUAUCCACCAUUAGCUGCGGCUGCGGCAUAUUAUCCAGCAGCUGCCAUGCAACCUGCACCAGUUAGGCCCACGAUCAUGGUACCUAAUGGAUUCGAUGGUACUCGAUUCGAUGGUAUCUCACAGCCUGUUUUGCCACCACCACCACCGGGUGUUGCUGCGAAUGCUGCACAAUUAGCUGCAAUGGCGGGUCACAGUGUGGCCUUGUCGCAAAAGAAAGGCUCGUUCCUAGGAGGAGGAACGGAGGGCGGUUACACCUUUUGGAAACAAAUUUGAGAAGAAGCAAGUAUUAGAUGAGGCAGUACACGUCAAAAUGAUAUCUAAGAAACACGAAGCGGCGGAAAGUUACUCCCAAUUUGUAACAAUUAUUUUUGAAACUAUGAAUAGAAAAAAAUAUGACGCUGAAUACUGGAACCAAUAUGUUUAAAAAAUAAGUUACAACGACACUGUAAUUUCUAGCUAUUAUAUUCUAUAUUUUUUGGAAAAAGAUUAGGAAGCAUAAUUGAAACAGGUGCAUAUUUUUUAUAUAUGUACAAAUGGAAAAGUAUUUAUGGCUAUAAAAAAGUGACUAAAUUCUUUUGAAAAUGACAAAGUAAGAUCUGUAAUAAUUGAAAUAAAACUACUGUAUUUAACUGUAAUACAGGAAAACUAA